GACUCUACUGUAUUACCAGUGAAGGGAUGGAGGUAGUUGUUGGAGUCCAGAUGUUGUUGGACUACAGUUACUAUCAUCUCUCACCACUAGCUAUGUUGGUUUGAGUUUAUUAGAAGACCAUACAUUUCACAUCCUUGCUACCCAGGCUGGAAGAUGGCAAAAUCUAUGGGAGCAAGAUUGUUGCUGUAUUAAAAUGAUAACUUUGUGUGGCAGGCCAAUUCUUAUUCCAGAGAUGCUUGUUGUGCCUUCAGUUCUGUGGAAGUUCUGGAAACUUUAAUCUGGAUAUUAGAGUUGUGCAAUCUGGGUAAACCUUGAUCCGUUCCAUGUCCCAGCUUUUGGGGAGAUGGUGGCGGGGUAUAAAUAAAGUUUUAUUAUUUUAUUAUUAUUUUGGUGGGGGGCCUGAUUCAAUUUCUGGGAGCCUCCCAAAUUCUGGAGGGCAGAUAUCUGUUUUCACUCUGGGGUGCCGAAAGACUCAUUUUCUAUUAGCCCAUGAUGGGGGAGCACUUCCCAGGCCUCCUUUCCCAUCAUUUUAGGCAUUUAAGUUGUUUCUACUCUAGGGGAAAGGUGCUGCAGGCAGGAGCCUGUACUUUCUCUCUUGGGCCUGCAUGCCACACACACUUUCCAAGGCAUUUAAAGGAGGCAAGUUCUUAAAGCUGUUUCUUACUCUAGAGGAGUGGUGCUGCAGGGAGGCUCCAACACUAAGGAGGCUUCUUGUUCUUAAAGCUGUUUUUCUACUCUAGAGGAGAGGCGCUCAGCUGCAGGCAGGCACAUGCUUUAAAGAGGCAAGUUCUUACCUUCUACUAUAGAAGAGAGGCACUGCAGGCAGAUGUCUGUGCUUUCUUCCCUGGACCUGCAUGCCACACGUAAUUUCCAAGGCAUUUAAAGGAGACAAGUUCUUAAAGCUGUUUCUUACUCUAGAGGAGAGGCUCUGCAGGUAGGCACCUGCACUUUCUCUCCCGGGCGAGCAUGCCACAUGCACUUUCCAAGGCAUUUUAAUGAGGCUUCCUACUUCCAGCUUUACAGAAUUUUUGGAUCCAUUCCAGAGAAUUAUUCAGCCAGAAGAGAUCUGGCUUUAUAAAAACCCUUUGGUAGAAUCUGACAACAUACCUACACGCCUCAUGUUUGCUAUUUCAUUCCUGACACCUCUGGCUGUCAUUUUUGUGGUGAAAAUCAUCCGACGCACAGACAGGACUGAAAUUAAAGAAGCUUUCUUAGCUGUUUCCUUGGCUCUUGCUUUGAAUGGAGUCUGCACAAACACUAUUAAAUUAAUAGUGGGAAGGCCACGUCCCGAUUUCUUUUACCGCUGCUUUCCAGAUGGAAUAAUGAACUCUGAAAUGCACUGUACAGGUGACCCAAAUGUGGUGUCAGAAGGCAGAAAGAGCUUCCCAAGUAUCCAUUCUUCCUUUGCAUUUUCAGGCCUUGGCUUUACCACCUUCUACUUGGCGGGGAAGUUGCACUGCUUCACUGAAAAAGGUCGUGGGAAAAGCUGGCGGCUGUGUGCAGCAAUUCUACCUCUCUAUUGUGCCAUGAUGAUUGCUCUAUCACGCAUGUGCGAUUACAAGCAUCACUGGCAAGAUGCUUUUGUUGGAGGGGUCAUUGGCCUUGUAUUUGCCUACAUUUGCUACAGACAGCACUAUCCUCCACUGGGCAACCUGGCUUGUCACAAGCCUUACGUCAGCCUGCUAAUCCAGACAUCACUGAAGAAAGAAGAGAUCCCUACAACAGAUAAUGCCACCAGCCUGCCACUAGAAGGGAUAACAGAAGAUGGGUGGCAGAGGCUGGAAGAGAAUGACUUGUCUAAGAGCACCCAGGAACCUGAAACUGAGCAAGAAUAUGGGCAUGGACCAGGACCAAUUUUUACUCCUAUGGACCAGAUGGACUACAAAGAGGAUGUAAAUAUCUUCUGCUAAGAAGUGACAAACAUUCUGAACUGAAAUUGACUCCGUUCCUGCCAUCCCUGAAGACCUUCAACAUGUAUAAAAAGGCUUUAUUUCCUUUUGUAUCUCAUCAGUUGGUAUGCAAUUACAACAACCUUCUGUUUAUCUGCUGGUUGUGUGAAUGUUUGUUGUGUUCUGCCCAUCAUGUUUGACAGCGUUAUUCUGAGAUAGCUGAAAUAAAAUAAUGGUUUUAAAUAUACAAAAGCCUGAGAGCUGGGGAAUGCCAAGAUUAUAGGCAUAAGUCAUUCCCCAAAAAGGCGUUGACAGCAAGCUUAUGCAAAGCUGUCGAAGCUGUCAGCCAGCAAUAACAUAUAUUGAAAGGAUCACUUGGACUUGUGUAUUAACAAGUUAGUGUGUAUGUUUUUCCUUCCUUGAGAGCUUUGUAGAAAUUUACUUUGAGGCCAAGCAACUGGUUUAGAAACAGCCAGCCACAAUCCUUUUAAAAAACAACACUUGGUCCAGAAUAUUCAGAAGUGUGAAGAUGAAAAGAACCCUUUUAAUGUGUGUACAUGAGCUACCACCAUACCUUUUAAACAGUUUCUCUUGAUGUGCUAAAGUAUUGGCAAACCCAUUUUGCUUGUCUCCCCUCCCUCUCAGCACUAUAUUAACUUUGCAAUUUUUGUUGUUUCAAUUUUUGUCUGCUCUGCAUCUGCAGUGUUGAUUCUAAGCAUCACAACUGGAUUGCAGGAAAAUUACAACAUAUGUGUACAUGAGGGGAAGUUGCUGGUAGCAUACUUGCUAACUAUAGAAAUCAAAUGCUAUGUGAAAAGAGGAUAAACUGCCAGAAGACGCUGUAGAAAUAUACCACUCAUAUAUAGCUUUGGGCACUUCAGUAGUCAAAUGCUGGAAUUCCAUCUUUUAAGAAGUAAAGAGUGGGCAAAAAUCGAUAUAUUUCCUUAGAAGUAAAGGAGGAGGUUGCACCUUGGGUUCAUGAACCUGUAAUGAUACAUUGCCAGAACAAAACUGCACUUAUUUAGAAUGGGCAUCAUUUUAACUGUUCCAGAAAUCCCUCUCUAGAUCUUGUAUUUCUUUGCAAAAAUUUCCUGAAGUCAUCACCCGCUAUCCUGUGAGGUGCAUAGGAUGGUGGAUUCUUCUGAGUGCAGAAAAGUUACUGUUUUAGAAUAUAAUCCCUAGAACUCCUCACCCAGCAUGACCACUGGCUGUGUUGGAUAGGGAAUUUGGGGAGUUGUAACCCUGUUUUUUCCCCCUUUUGGUUCCCACGUUAUCCCAGACCUAUUAUCUGAAUGCAAGGUCCUUGUCCUGAGAACUGCCUUGUGUUGUGUCCCCUGCAUGCAGCCCAGCCUGUGGCGCAUGGGCGGAAGUCUUUGUCACCCUUGCCAGGAACAGAAAAACCAUGCAUGGUAGACCCAUGUUAGUUAUCUUUAUUUUUGAAACUGCCACCAUUAGGUUUUUUUUGCAGGUGUUAUCCUGCAGUGAAAAUGUGAAAAGAAGAAAGCAGCAUUUCCUUUUUUUCUUUUUAUAAAAUGGUGUGAAAAUAAUAUCAUAGAAGAUGUUCUAUAUAAUAAUCUGUUAGUGAGCUUCUUCUUUCUUCUUUUUGGCUUGACAAGACUAAUGGAAGCAGCUUUGAUCAGUGCUAUCUAUUAUGGUGCUUUACACUGGAAGAGUUUGCUGUUCUGGCUAUUCAUAUGUCUAAUAUGUGCCUGGUGGCCUAUGAAUCAGCUGUUCCGUGAUUCAACAAAUUUAUGUCUCUCUGAAAACAGGGCAUAUUUUUUUUUGUCUGGGAGUGGGGUGGUGGGUAUAUUUUUAUUCCUGAUUGAUAACUGUGAUAUUUUAGUAGAAGGAAAAGUAGACAAACUUUUUGCAAGUUGAAUCUAUUCCAGAAAAUAAAAAUGAAUACUUAAAAUUGUAUCAUAUAUUUGUCAGACAUUAUUGAAAUAGUCUUAUAGAAUUUAAUGAGGAAGAAAUCUUUGUAAUCCAAAAAUAUUGCAUAGGAAAAGAUACCUGGGUGGAUGAAAUAGUGUGGAGGGGAGUGAUAUGAAUGGAUACAGUGCCAACAUGGUAUCAAAUUUUGCCUUUUUUAAUAAAUAUGCAAUAGCUGAAGCUGCAUAAACUUUUGUGAGCUUAGAAAAUGAUAGAAUAAUUGUCCUCAGUGAUGCGAUAACUUUGGCAGUUUUUAAAUCUCUCCUGUUACUGUUAUUACUACUGAGAUGAUAUAUUUUAAAGAAAAUCUUACAGGAUAAAUUCUGUUUGAGAGGUGCUCUGCUUUUUAGAAAAAAAAUCAAAUAUCUGUCUGUGUGUGAGGUUCGUCAUCACAAACCUGAGAUUGUGAUAUGUGCUAACUAACAUUGGAGGGUUGUAAGAAUAUACUUGCUGUAGUUAGUCUCUGUUGAUUGUCAGUGAAAUGCCAAAAGUAUUUGACGCGGGCAAGAAUGGAUCAUGAAUUGAGCAAAGGAGGUGCUUCACCAUUGUGGAGUUAUGCCCUUUCCAGAGUGAUCCAUGAGCUGGCCAUGUUUCUCUCUCCCAAUUCUCCCUUAUGUCCCCUUAAGAACAAGCUAUUCUUAGACAUGUUGGCUUAAAAUCUUUCUUAGAUAUUUAGCCUCUCAUUUGCCUUUAGGUAUCCUGAUGAGUUGAAUUCAUCGAGAAUGGAAUUAUACUUCAAAAGUGUGCCUUUCCCUAUGAUUAAUUUCCAUUAGCUGAGAAUAUUAUAUGGAUCCUACUACAUGUGUCCCCACUUCAGUUAGAAUUUAUGUAAAAGAAUUAAACCUGAAACUGUGUCUUUAACAAGGGCUUACUGAAGCAACUUUCAUAGUUGCUGGUUAAUCACUUGGAGGUUGGUUGCUAUCAAGUGAUUAAUCCAAUAGUAGCUUGUUUACAUGAACAAACUCCACCCAUUUCCACUUCAGAAGCCAAAAAGCAGCUUCCUAUGGUAAGCUGUUUGUGUAUCAUUAUUCAUUAUGUAGAACAUCUGACUUCUGUGCCACCAUGAGUUCUUUUUUGUAGCUUGCAAUGCCAUUCAAAAUAGUUAUGGAGGUAUAGAUGAUGCCACCAAGCCCAUCCACAUAUUGAUUUUAUUGUAGACACUUUGCUGCUAGCAUUCAGACUCAGGCUCAGUUCACAUAAUGGUGUUGAGAUAUAAUUAUUAUUAAUGACCAACUGUCCCUUAGGAACAUUCUCUCUUCUUUGGGUGAAGCUUAUUUCCUUGUUUUCUUAUCACAGCUUGAAGAUUGAAGGCUAAAAUCAAUAGUUAGUUCCUAUUGGAGCAGAGAGAGCUACCAUGUUAAAAUGGUUUGAGCAUUGGGCUCCAACACUGGAGAUCAGGAUUCAAAUCUCUGCUCAGUCAUGGGAACUCAUUACUUAAUCUUGGGCAAGUCACACUUUCUCAGCCUAUGAGAAGGCCAAAGGUAACUCCCUUUUGAACAAAUUUUACCACAAAAAAAAAUCUGUGAUACAUUCACCUUGGUGCCACCAUAAGUAACACAAGUCUUUGAGAGCCAACAUUGUGUGGUACAGAACAUUGGACUACAGCUUUGGAAACCAGGGUUUGAACCCAUGGUUUCCAGAGUUCUUCAUGGAAACCCACUGGGCAACCUUGGGCAAAUCACAUCCUCUCAGCCCCAGAGUAAAGCAAGGGUAACCUCUCCUUUGAAAAAAAUUUGUCAAGAAAACCCCAUGAUAGGAUCAUUCUACUUACCAUAAGUGAGAAACAAUGGGAAGGCACACAACAAGAAUUAGAGCAGAUCCAAAAAUACUUAGUUUUAAUCUACUUGAAGACACUUUGGAUCUCAUAUCAGAAGAAAGAUAUAUAAAUUAAAUAACUAUUAAAACGGGGGAAAUUAUGCAACUGGGAGACAGUUAUAGAGAUGUACCUAUGACAUCUUCUGAUGUCCAAAAUCCUACCUUUGAAGCUUCAAUCCUCUCCCCCCAAAAGAUGCUGGGUGGUGGAGCAAUGAUUAAUGAUGUGUCCAAUCCUCUCCUGUCUAUGGGAAAUGUAACAGACAGCAGGGUCCACUUGGGAUCCUGUAGCAACUGGGUGUCUUAGUAUGCCCUGUGACCAGAAGAUGGUUGGACACAUCUUUGCCUCACUGCUUUCUGGAGUGUCAGAAAUGACUGUGCUGGGGCAGGGCUACGAGAUGUGCAAGGAAGUAUUUGAGGAGCAGUAUUGGCCACUGUAAUUGUAUAGCAACUAUAAACAUGAAUUGGAAUAAUUAUGAUGUCAUUCAGCCAGGAUUAUGACAUUGUAAUUACUGAACAGGAUUUACAUAUAUGAAAUCUCAUCUUUCAACGAGUCCCAAUACAUGUAUUUCACCCUUUCCCUUGAUACAGUUCAAAGCCAGCUUUGAAAUGGGUUCCCAAAUAAUAAUUUUCCAGAAUAAAGUAUUAUCCAAUGCCACAAAAAUAUGGUAAGUGCUGAAUAAAAGGUUGAAAGGGAUUUUAGCAGUACAGUAAAAAAAAAUGAAGUGCUUUUAACUGAGGCGAUUACACUGGGAGUUAUAAAGUAAACCAUGUAAAAGUGUUUAUUUUAAUGUAAUUAAACCUUACAGAGGAUGUAAUGAUGUAAAAUCUAAGCAGGAAUCCAGAGAAGCUGCAAUUAAAGGGUGAACUGGUGAGGAAAAAGCAUCUUUGUGGAUCAGUGUCUUUUUACUUUUAUGUUCUUAUGUGAAGGAAAUGUAAAUGCUGUAAUGCACCAAUAAAAUGAACAUGAAUGUGGGAUUUUGAA